AUGUCACUGACAACAGUCCCCCUAGAACUAUGGCAGAACAUCGCUCUUCAAGUUGUGGCAGAUGUCAUUUCAGCUCGAGAGAUCCGUUUCGGGGCCUUAGCCUUGCCCGACAGUCUCUUGGCGCCUCUCGAGCAUGAUGCUUUUCGCUAUCCCGGAACUUUCGAGGACUCGACUCAGCAAAUUGCAAAACGGCCCCGUGGAUCCCACACCGACGCUUGCGUCUGGGUGAAUACUUCCGGCCACACGCCGAGCCAGGCUCAGUGGUACAGGAAAAGCACAGAUCCUUCACCAGCAUCUGCGGUCGCUUCCUUGCUUGCCAUCGAUCGCCGUCGGCGAUACGCCUUGCACGAUCUGCCCGAAUUCUGGCAGGGUGUCGCGCUCUUGAUUCCCGCUGCGACGUCGCAUGCUUUGAAAUGCACAGACCGGCGACCUGGCCUUUCUAUGGACCUUACGUCCCACCUCCUUCUAUGCUCUUGCAUACUACACACAUUGAAGCCGCGUCUCUCCAAGGUGACUCGCAUUGACGUCGCCUUUUCUGGUGAAUUCUCGGGCGUCUCCGAUCCGUCCCGGCUCCUGGGAGAAUGGCUGGGUUCUCUUCCCGAUAGCAGCCUGGAACAUCUUGAGCAUCGCUACGCCCUCAGCGACCAGCUAGACUGGUCUAGCAUGCUGUACCGCGAGCGGCGGCACUUGCAGACGCAGGUGGCAGUCAACCCUCGAACCAUCUUGUGGGGCAUCGACCUCCGCAGGUUAAACCUGGCGGUGGAGAGAAGGGAUCGUGCUGUGCCAGCCGACAAGCUAGUUCUCCUCCUUAGUCGCUGUCCAUCACUGGAGGAGCUCGCGCUCCAGAUGGUAUUGGCUCCCUCGGACAGCAUGCCUUCCGUGGCGUUACCGGUCUCUCUUCCCCGCCUCCGCUAUUUCCUUCUCUGCGGAAAAUUAGAGGACUGGAGGUACUUGCGGCCGAAACUUUCCAUCCCGGAAACCGCUUCAAUUCACCCCGACCUGAUCCUGCCGGAACUGGACUUAUUCCUGGGGUCUGUCGAGCGUCUUGCCUCAGAGGCGGCCCUCAGUUGCUUGAGUGGCGCGGGAUUUCCGUCUUGUCGCUUUGUAGUCCUGCACUACCAGAUGAAGACGCCGACGGACAGGCCCCCCAAUGACGAAUCACCUGAGCUGGUGACUCUCACAUUUGCCGCCACGGACGACGCGGCCCGGGCGGAGAAGAACCCUGAGCAGACGUCUCAUAGAUGGUCAUUCACCAUUCGGUUCCCUGGGCCGGUGCUCCAAACGCGUUACCCGCCAGAGCCAGGAGCCGACCUCCGUAGCGUCGGGCGCAUCUUAAGCCACGAGCUUGCAGUGAGCUCAAUAUGCGAGGGCAUCAAGACGUUGGUCGACCAGGCGCCGGCCGUUGACCUCAAUGCCACCGAGGUCUUCAUCGUCAAAGCCGGCGGAAGGCUGCGGCACAUGGUCGACCUCUAUCACCUCACACGCCACUUUCCCAACCUGAAGAUCCUCGUCCUGUAUGGUGUCUUCAACAGAGAUAGUUAUGCUCUGAAGAACGUCAUACGAGAGCUCAGAGAUGGAACUUGGAGAAACAUAGAUCGCGUUUGUCUGCCGGACUACGAGGGCUCAGGAUGGUAUAUGGACGGGUUUGUGGGGCAAGACGGACGCGAAGUUCGGUUUUCCACUUCGUGCGCAAGCGAUGACGGUGCGUGCAACCAAAAUCUUAGCCCGCUCUUGGUUGACCUUUAUGGUUUGCCGCACUCAUAG